AUGGAGAGGAGAAAUAUGGCUAAGAAGAGAAACUUUUCUGGGCUGGAAAUCGACACCCUCAUGUCUGAGGUGGAGGUAAAUAAAGAUGUGUUUUUUGGAAGUUUAAAAACUGGCAUUAAAGGAGCCCAUAAAAACGCUGUCUGGAAGAAGAUCAUGGAGGCAGUCAACAGCGUCGCCGUUGACAAACGUACUCUGGCUGGGGUCAAGAAAAAGUGGUCAGACUUAAAGCUGGCAACAAAAAAGUGUGUUGCUGCCCUUAGCCACAGCAGCACGCAGACUGGAGGAGGCCAACUAGAUCCCAGCCUGACCCUGAUGGGGACCAAGGAAAGAAUACCCUCACUAAUUGGGUCAGAAUCUAUCUCUGGCAUAAGUGGUGGUGGUGGAGACACAGACACACUUGCGUCGGAGCCGGAGCAGAAUGAGCCAGGCACCAGCGGCAUGGCGCCCAGGUCUCCUCCCCAGAGCAGUCCCAACGAGCCAGGCAGGCGAGGGCGAGCGCAAGCCCUCCGCCUCCCAUGCUGGGCCAAGACCAGCAAUCAUCACGGCAGAGAUGCAUCUUUUCUUCAUAUCACUCCAGACAGACUGCAACACUUUGAAUAUGAGUCUGUCUCUUUUAACUGUGUGGAGAUUUCUGGUCCCACUCACUUAAGAGGAGUAAGUAAUACUCAGGAAUUUAAUCCGGUAUGUCAUAUUAAGAGGACACCAUCAGGGUCCUCCUGCACCAUUGACAAAAUCUAUCCAGCAGACAGUGGAGAAUACUGGUGUGAGACUGAAGGAGGAGAGAGAAGCAACAGUGUCAACAUCUCUGUCACUGUUGAUGGUGUGAUCCUGGAGAGUCCUGCUCUUCCUGUGAUGGAGGGAAAAGCUGUGACUCUGCGCUGCAAAAACAAGACAACUUCCCGCAACCCCUCAGCUAAUUUCUACAAAGAUGGCCUCCUCAUGGGGAAUAGUUCUACAGCAGAGCUGACCAUCAACAGUGUUUCCAAGUCUGAUGAAGGACUUUACAAGUGUCACAUCUCUGGUGUUGGAGAAUCACCAGACAGCUGGCUGGCUGUCAGAGCCAAUACCAGGUCUACCAUCUCAUCACCACCUCAUAAAGACCAUCUGUCCAAUAACUCCGACAUCCCUCACGUCCCCAUCCUGCUGUGGAUUGCUAUCACCAUUUUAAUAUUGGCCCUGGUGCUGGUGGUGGUGGGCUUCCUUUAUAUUAGGAAACACAGAGCAGCAUCACAUGCAGUUAAGGACAAUCAAAGAGACAAUGCUUCAGAUGAUGCCGACGAUGUGACAUAUACAGUCGUUUUCACAAAACCAAGAGAAGACAAAGACGCUGUAGACACUGCUGAUAAUUUGAGCCUCAGGUCAAACCACACCAGAAAACCACGGGCUGAAAAACAAUCAGGAUUAUCCGGCUCCACAGUGAGCCUGAGUCCCAAAGCAGCCAAGGACUCAAGUACAACAGAGCAGAAACCUAUCUAUACAACUGUCCAGAAGGUCAAGAGCAGAGAUGCCUGACUGAGGAAGACUCCAUGUGCAAGAGAAGAAGAAAUAAAUCACAAAUACUGUCAUUUCAUUUGAGUAUACUAUGUAUCAAUCAAAUUUCACUUUCACUGAAAAUAGCAAGCAACAAAAAGUCGCUUACCAACAAAACAGCUAAAGUUGUAAAACAAAAAAUGACAGCUUUUGUAUGCUGGAUUUAAAUGCAUUACCAAUACAGUAUCAAUACAUUCUCACUCCAACCUUGUCACAUGUUGAUGUUCGGUCACGGACUUUCCAUGUCAACAUAUGACAUGCG